UGCUGGCAGACCUUAAAGACUCCUGUACUCUCUGCAUUAGUUUUGCCUCGAAACGACGUAACAGCUGAUGUUCUCUUUGGCGUGUGUUUCUUCGUGAGUGGGGGAGAAGGAAAUUAUUAUUUUUGUUGAAACUUUUUUUUUUUUAAGUAGUGUGGUGUCAUUUGCUGGAACAUUUCAUGUUUUCCCUACCGCUUUGUUGUGUUGUCAACUUUUUCGCUAAAGCAAUGGGCUCCUGGUUGCAACGAAUUUACGGCUGCUGUACCAGCGCCGAUUGGUGCUGGUGGCCCAGUUCAAGGAAGUAUAAUCCAGCAGCGGCAUCUGGCAGCGACGACGACGACGACGCCCUGAUUGAGGCAACUAGCAGCUUCGACGCAAACAACGGGAUCGCUAUCCUUUCCCGCGGCAAAAUUAAGUAUGUCAAGUCGGGGGCGGUGAAUCACGCGGGAUCUACACAUAUCGGGAUUCCCAUCAUCGAUCCGUUGAUUGGCCAAGAUUACAACAGUUCACGACCGGAUCGGCACAAUCAUCAUCAUCAACAAAGGCAGCUGUUCACCCAACUUCAUCAGCACGCCCGACUCUUGGUCAACAAGAACAUUUUUCACUGGCAUCAGCAGACGCAUCAUCAUCAUCAGUGGUGGGAUUCGAGCACUCCGCCUUCUUCCGUCGAUCUCGAAUGGGAACACGAAGGUUUGAUGCCGCCUGUGAUGGAGUCGGCCAGUGAGGACGGCGAUCGCGAAGAAGACCGCGACGAUGUAGAUUUGUACGACACAGCCGAUGAAAGAGAAGAAACGGGGGCGGAUAGGACAACGGCCGGAAGAAUAGUCCCAAGUACCGACCGAAACGGUACGACUGUACAUCGAUCUCCGUCACCUGCUUCCGCUUGCCACUCUCUCGAAUGGGAUUCCAAUGGGGAUGAUUUCUUUGGUCACGACUGCCGACCAACACCCAACAUCAAGUCUUUCUCAUCGUAAAUGAUCCCGAAUUUUUUUUUUUUUUUUUUUUUUAAUUUUCCCACAUCAGAAUGGAUGGUAGAUCGAAGAAUUCCGGGGCCGUGACCGAAGAAAGAGAAUAAAAUACUGAAAGGGGAUUAGAAGAUUUUGCAAACAUCCCCGAAGAGAAUUCGAAAUGUCAUUUUGAAAAAAUCCAAAAUCGGAAAGGCAAAAAGAAAAAAAAAAAUAGCUGCCGACCUACUACCAUUCCGCUCUUCGUGUUUUCCAGAUCAAUAAGGCACCAGGCAUUAAAAGAGUGCUAGCCUUUUUUUUUUUUUAGGCGGAGUGUGUGUUCUGCUCUCUUAUGGAACAAUCGAUCCGCACGGUCUUGGCGUAAGAGAUCUACCCAGUAUAUAUAUAUAUAUAUACAUGUGUGUGUGUAUGUGUAUGUGUGUGGUGGCUCCUGUCGGAUUUACAGACGGGCAUGGAUGGCGAUACACGGGCUGCGAUGCUAUACAAAACUCGACACCUCCGCGCUCGCGAUAUCAUCCGAAGAUAGUGCCGGUGAUCAAGCGAUUCCAAGGCCUUAUGUAUGAUGUGUUGUCUUUUCUGUAGGUAUGUAUGUGUAAUUGAGUUGUCUUCCAUCUUUUGCCCCUCCCCCCCGGAGAAGUAAUCAGAAUGAUGAACCCCAGACGACAAGGAAAUGAACUGUCGUCGCUGCUAAAAACGAAAGCAAAUCGUCUUUCAAAUGUCAUAUCAUUAUUUAGCGGUCGCCAAAAAGGCUCCCCGUGCUCGGAUAACAUGAUGCUGAACGAAUGUUGGCGUUUGUUUAAGAGAAUCUUUUUAGUACCAAUAGAUCCGUAUCGCAUUGCACUGUGUGUGUGUGUGUGUGUGUGUAGAUUGUGAAUGUAUGGUUCGUUGGGAAAAGGGGAAAAAAAAAGUGGAUUAUGGUAUAAAGUACGCCCCGUGUAAUCGAUUUUUCAUCAAUCUGGAACGGAUGGCAAGAAAGAAAAUUGUUGGCAUCGGUUGUACGUAUGGGAGGGGACAUGUUAUCAUCUUGUUCUGUCACAUCAUCUUGAAUAACGCAAAUAUAAUCGGUAAUUUGA